UUCCAAGAAUAUUCUGUUAACUUUAACGGUCUGCACCUAACAUUAAACUUAAGUGGUAUCGGGUGCACAAAUAAUAGAGUUCAGUGGUAUCCGACGCCCUAUUCAAACUUAAGUGGUAUGUCUGCCCCAAUUCUCAAAUUUAAGUGGUACCCAAGGUAUUUUACCCUCAAAACGGAGACAAAAGAAUUGAGAAGAAGAAGACAGAGAGGUGGUCGAAGAAGCAGAAGUGAUAGAGAGUGAAAGAAGGGGAUUUGGGAGAGAGUAAUGUAAUUAAUAGGUAUUUGUAACUUCCUUAAAUGUAAUUUACUAGAAAAGUUUAGGGGUCGUUUGUAAGUUGCAAUUUUUCAAAUAUGUGUAUUUGAUGAAUACAUGUUUUGUAAAUACAAAGAUUGUAAGAAUUAUAUGAUUGAAAAAAUGUCUUGUUUGUAUUCAUUCAAAAUUUUUAAAGAAAAGAAAGAAUCACUUCAUGAGCUAAAAGUGGAACAAAUUAAGGGGUCGUUUGGAAGUUGCGAUUGUUUUGUUGAGAUUGUCAUUAUGCAUGUAUUGUUUACAAUGCAUCAUUUUUUUUUUGUUUUUUUAGUAGAAACAAUACAUGGAUUGUUUCUAUGAUGUGACAGAAACUAUCACUCAUUUUGAGUGAUUGUUAUAUCUCAACUUUUAGUUGUGAUUGUUGAGAUAGUUGAGAUGAGAUUGUUUUGUCUAAGUUUUUAGCUGAUGCGACAUACACAACCACACAUGCCAAACGUUGUAUUCUACAAUGCAUCAAAUUCGACAAUACAUGUAUAAUAUUAUACAUGCAUUCUCAACAAUACAUCUAUUUAACAAUCGCAACUUCCAAACGACCCCUAAAGCCCACAAUCGCAAAGGAAGAAUCUCACAUUUUGUUGAGAUUUAAAAUGAGUGAUUGUGGGUGAUAUGUGAUUUGAGAGCUCACCUCAAAUGCAUGUAUUGAAUAAAGUUUUGGAACAAAAAAAACGAUGGAUUCUCCAGAAUACAUGAAUUCAAAGAAUCAUUUAUUUAGAAUCAUAACUUCCAAACGACCCUAAUUAAUAAAGAUUUAUUUUUCAUACUCACUUUGUCAUUGGUUAUCAUAGUGACCACCACUACAGAAAAAUACGGGAUGGAUACCAUCACUUCCCUCAAAGGGUUGUGAGUUUCACAACCAAAGACAAUUUGAGUAGCCCAAAAAAGAAUAUUAUUAAUUACUUUUCUUUUGUAUUAAUUACAUUUUGGAAAUUUAAAACCCAUAUUAAAUACAUUGAUUUAUUUGUAAAUUUAAAUCCUACCAAAAAUACAUUUCUCUCUCUUCCUAUCUCUCUCUUCCUUUUCCACCAUCCACUCCACUCCGACCGGCUUACUUUCCGACCGACAAACUUUCUCCAGCGAAAUCCUUGAAUCAGACUCGGUUCGGCCACCUGCAAGAAAUUACCACUCCGUUAGUGCGCUAGUGGUAUGAUUUUCGUUUAGUGGUAGCGCUACCAGUGAUAGUGGUACGCUACCACUGAUAGUGGUACCACUAACCACUGGUACGGUACCAGAUGGAAAUCACUAUCACUAGAGACUAACGCCCACAAAAAAAACAGAUAUGAAAUCCGAAAAUUACAAAUCUGAAAAAAAGGAUGAGGAAAAGGGGAGGUUGUGACCUUGCAACGGGGACCUCGUGGCGGUGGUGGUGGGAGGCGGAGGAAGGGGGAGACGGAGGGCACGAUAGGGGGUGGAGGGGACGCCGAGAGCUGCGUAGGGGGCAGCGGCGGUGGUGUGAGUGGGCGGAGGAGAUGAGGAGAGGGAAGGGGGCAGUGGCGACGACAGGAGGAGAGGAUGGUGGUGGCGGCAGAACGAUGAGAGUAGGAUGAAUCUGUUAGGGUUAGAGGAAUAGAGAGGAGAGGAAUAUGUAGAGUUACUAGGGGAGAGAAAUCUUGUGAUUAUUUUUUCGUCCAAAAAUACCCUUUGAUUAAUCUCCUUCCAUUCAAAAAAAGGAGUGAUAAUGAAUCUAAUGACUAGAAGGUGGGUAGCGUAUCUCACAACCCUUAAAAGGGAAGUGACGGUAUCUCACCAGUGGCGGAGCCACUUGUUGGGGAGAGGAGUCCUAGGACCCCAGUUGGAAAAAAAUGGGGCAACCAAAUCCUUUGGAUACGUAGGGUUUUGUAUAAUCUUUCAAAUAUAGGACCCCAUACUCUCGUUGAUGUUAGCUCAUCUAAGGACAACAAUCAACUCAAAGUUCAUAACAUACACAAACUUUAGUUCUUUGAAAAUUUUAAGGACCCCAGUCAACUCAAAGUCUGGCUACGCCACUGUAUCUCACCCCGUGAAAUACUAUAUAUAACUCAAUUAAAUGACAUGUUUGAU